AUGCGCAUCGCGCUCUUCCUCCUCGUGCACCUCGCCGCCGCGCGCGUCGGGCCGCUGAGCGGCAAGACGGCCGGCGUCACCGGCGGCAGCAAGGGCCUGGGCCGCGCCAUCGUCGAGGAGCUCGUGGCGCAGGGGUGCACCGUCGUCACCUGCGCGCGCGACGCCGCGCCGCUCCGAGACGUCGACUGCAUCGCCCUCGAGCUCGACGUGUCGACGCCCGCCGGCCGCGCGAAGUUCGCCGGCGCGUGCGCGGCCACGGGCGGGCUCGACAUUCUGGUGAACAACGUCGGGACGAACAUUCGGAGCAAGACCGAGGCGCUCGACGAGGACGACUACGCGUUCCUCAUGCGCGCGCGCGGCGUCCGGCGCACGAACCUCGAGAGCGCCGUCUUCCUCUGCCGCGACUGCUUCCCCGACCUCCGGCGGCGCCGCGGCUGCGUCGUCAACGUGGGCUCCAUCUCCGGCGUCACGUCGGACGGCACGGGCGUGGCCUACGCGAUCUCCAAGGCCGCGCUCGACCACCUGACGCGCUACCUCGCCGCCGAGUGGGGGCCGCACGGCGUCCGCGUCAAUUCCGUCGACCCGUGGUUCAUCCGCACGGAACUGACGGCGCCGCUCCUCGCGGACGCGGACUUCAAGGCCCACGUCGACGCCCGCACGCCCCUGCGGCGCGUCGGCGAGCCGCGCGAGGUCGCCGAGGUCGUCGCGUUCCUCUGCUCGGCCGGCGCGGGCUACGUGACGGGCCAGGUCCUCGUCGUCGACGGCGGGCUCACCGUGAACGGCUUCGACUACGCGCCGCCGCCGGCGCCCGCGGCGGCGCCGCCGGCGGAGCCGCUCUAUCGGAAGCUGCCGCCGCGGCGGCCACCGCGGGGCUGGCCUACCGACAAGUAUACGUAA